AAUAUAAAUAUUUAUUGAUUAUAUAUCGAUUAUUAUAAGCGAUUUGCAAAUGAUUUUUGAGCAAAAUCAAUUUAGGUUGUAAUUUAAUUAUGAAAAAAAAAUUCCCUAAAUUCAAAUUGCAACAUAACCUCAAAAAAAAAAUAAUAAACGUCAAAAACGAAUUAUUUUUCCACGUUUUAAAAGAAAUUUUAUUAAAAUAUUGAGUUAAACGAUGUCAUCGGGUGAUAAUUUCCUCUACAAUCAAACCCACUCAAUUGAUGUAUUAAAUAAGAACGGUAAUGCAGAGGUUAAAAACGUUUUAAUAAAAAUUUCGAGGUUCUCCCAAUACUUGCAAAUCAAAUUGAGAGAUAUAAACGAUUUUUCGUUCAAUUUUACGUCGAGCGUUGAUUGGAGUACUUUUGAGACAAUGAAGAGCGAUCAAUGUUUGGAGAUAUGUUACGAAGAAUUCCACACGCAAUUAAUCGAGUUAUUAAAAUUAACGUUACGCAGAGAGAUGUUGCUAAGAGUUGAAUGUAACGAAACAACUUGUAAAAUGAUUUUUUACGAAAGGAGUCGAAUAAAAUCGUUAAUCUUUCUAAUUAUCCAUUUCAAUUUAACCAAUCAAAAAGAGAUUAUUGAUGAGAUGUCUUUAAAUAUAACACAAUUAAAGGAAAUUAAUCACGGGGUGAAUUCUCAAAUAUCCUCGUUGAAAAAUCAAAUUAACGAACAAAAAGUUUUACUCGAUACGGCUUUAACUACGAAUCAUCACUUAGAAAAGCGAUUUUUUCAAGAUGUUAAAUGUAUCGAAGAAACUUUUAUGAACAAUUUGAUGGGAAUUGAGAAUAUUUUUUCGACGAAAAUGGAUGUUAUGUUUCGAAAACAUUUAAAGAUCUUAAAGGAUGUUGAUAUUUUAAAGAGAGGUUCCCGAUUUAAAGAAACUUUAUACUCCCAAACGUUACUCGAUUUAGAUAAAACAAAAGGGGAUAAUUUAAAACAAUUCCGAUUAAUCGAGGAGUUACGAAAUGAAAUUAACACUUUGAGUCUUAACAAAAAUCAAAAAGAGAAAAUUUUGGGCGAUCAACAACACGAAAUAAUGACCAAAAUGAAGGAAAUUGAUAAUUUAACGUCUACAUUAAAUGAAUUAAGACGCGAUAAUUUAGAAGCGACUAAAAUAAUUGCUCAAAAAGAUAAAACAAACGAUGAAAUAGCCCGGGAUUUAGUACAAGCUAACACAAUGUUGGUUAAUUUUACUAAUCAAAACGAUUUUAUGUGUAAAGAGAUUGAUCAAUUAAAAAAACUUGUAACAGCCCAAGAGAAAACGGUUGAAGAUCAAAUGGGGCAAUUAAAAUACAUUAAUAAACAAUUUGAGGAGUAUAAAAAGAUGUAUAAUGAAGAAAAAUUGUGUCAGUUAAGAUCGGAUCUUUUUAAAGCUAAAGAUAGACUCGAGGAGUUAGAAAAACAAAACCGAGAGGCUAUUAAAAUAAAUACGCUUUUAACGAAAAAAUUAGCGAGUGGGGAAACAUUUUCAAAUGGGAAUUUUAUGAAUUCAAAGUCGUAAGUGUUAAAAUAAUAUAAAAAUUGUAUUUUGUUAAAAUUUAUAAUAUAAAAUCUAUUAAAUCUU